CGAAAUGUAACUAAACUGGCUUUGAAAAUCUAGUCACUAGUGUGACUUACGUAACGUAAAAUUUAUAGUUAAGGAAAAUGGUGAUCGGCAGUUUCCCAGUGGGAAAAGUAUUAAUGUUUAGCUUGAAGCGAAUUAGCAAACCAGUUGGUGAUGUUUUAAUGUGGAUGGGCAAACAUAAUCCUUUUAUCCGGCAGUAUGUCAUUAUGCCGCCAGCCCAGCUUUAUAAUACUUUUGAGGUCCGUUCAAAGAUGCGGAUGCUACGAUUGAAACAGCCCAAGCGGAUUCCACCCCUUUCACCAGCAAUCGCCACUAGUCUGGGCGCCAACAUGCUGAGCGAGGCCAUUGUAUUUGGAAUUGGUAUUGGUCUCAUAUACUACGAGCUUUCAAAGACAUACAAAAAGAAUCAAAAGAAAAUUCUGGAGAUUGAGAAUCAGGAAAAAGUUCUAGACGAACUCUUGGACCGUAUAAGUGUAGACGUGGAGCGGCAACAACAGGACAUCAAUUGGAUUAGUGCCGUUCUAAAAGGCUAAAAAAUUAUCAUAAACAUUUCUGUUUUGACUGUAAAAACUGUUAUACUAAAAGAUAAUUUAAUUUGAAUGCAAAGAAUACAUUUUUUAGUAAAU